AUCAAUGACCGAUGGAGAUGUGCAGCGCGUUGGCUAAAGCAUCCUCUGUAUGCACCCGCCCUGCCCCUCACAUCCACCCCGGGAUGGACCAUGCUGAAUGAAUGAAGAGCUAGCCCGUUGAAGUGCGCUCCUCCGCCACCUCUUUGUCGAGCCUGUCGUCGUCCUGUGCGGCCGAGCCGAGCUGGGGGGCAAUCCGGGGAAGGGCAGCCGCGGCGCCGCUAAUCGGCCCACGGAGCCUCCGCCACGCCGCGCCAACAACAUGCUCACCCGGGUCAAGUCCGCUGUGGCCGGCUUCAUGGGUGGAAUUAUGUCAAGUGGAGGGUCCGGAGGAGGGGGCAACGGCGGUUCCGAGCUACCCCUCAAAUUCCCUUAUAUGAGACCUGAAUUCCUGGGGCUGUCCCCGGAUGAGAUUGAGUGUUCGGCGGAUCAUGUCGCUCGUCCCAUCCUCAUUUUGAAGGAGACCCGGAGAUUACCAUGGGCUACGGGAUAUGCCGAGGUGAUAAAUGCCGGUAAAAGUGCUCUGAAUGAGGACCAGGCUUGCUGUGAGGUGGUGGUUGCCCGGAGACGUCCCAUGAGCUACUGCCCCCCCUCCACCCCCAGCCGGACCCCCACAGCCAAGAGGCGCAACUCCCUGCCCAACGGAGAGAGCCUCGCACUGCGCGUGGACUAUGGACGAAUGGGAGAGGACAAUGAGGGGCUGGUGUAUCACUACUGGGCCCUGUUUGAUGGUCAUGCAGGUUCAGGAGCAGCAGUGGUAGCGUCCAGACUUUUACAGCACCACAUUGCCUGUCAGCUCCAGGCCGUUAUCGAAAUUCUCCGAAAUGUAGCUUCUCCACCUCCCACCAUUCUGGGGGAGGAGCCCGAGAACAACCCCUACCUCCAGGGCACCACCCCAGGACCCCACCGGCCCACCCUGACCCGGGCUGCUUCCCUUCGGGGGGCAGCGGGAGCGCCAGGGUCCCCCUCCAACACCCCCCCUCCACCGAGGUUCUUCACCGAGAAGAGGGUCCUGCAUGAGAGUCUGGUCGUAGGAGCUAUUGAAAAUGCCUUUAAAGAGAUGGAUGCACAGAUUGAAAGAGAGAGACACGUGUUUAACAUCACAGGAGGCUGCACUGCGCUCACUGUGGUUUACCUCCUCGGUAAACUCUACGUGGGGAAUGCAGGAGACAGCAGAGCAAUCAUCGUCAGAAACAACGAGAUCAUCCCCAUGUCGACAGAGUUUACUCCUGAGACAGAGCGGCAGCGGCUGCAGUUCCUGGGCUUCAUGCAGCCUCACCUGUUGGGAAAUGAGUUCACACAUCUGGAAUUUCCCCGGAGAGUGCAGAGGAAAGAGGUGGGCAAGAGGAUGCUGUACCGCGACUUUACCAUGAAUGGCUGGGCAUACAAGACCAUAGAGGAUGAAGAUCUCAAGUUCCCUCUGAUAUUUGGUGAAGGGAAAAAGGCUCGAGUGUUGGCAACAAUUGGAGUAACUCGAGGACUUGGGGACCAUGACCUUAAAGUUCAUGACUCAAACAUAUUCAUUAAACCCUUCCUCUCAUGUAUACCCGAGGUGAGAGUGUAUAACCUGAUGCAGUAUGAGCAUGGAGCAGACGAUGUUCUGGUGAUGGGGACUGAUGGACUCUGGGAUGUCCUGACAAACCAGGAGGUGGCCGAGUCUGUCACCACAUUUCUGGCCAACUGUGACCCCGAUGAUCUGCACAGAUACACCAUGGCAGCCCAGGACUUGGUGAUGCGUGCCCGAGGGGUGCUGCGGGACCGAGGCUGGAGGAUCACCAACGAGAGGCUGGGCUCUGGAGACGACAUUUCGGUCUUCAUUAUCCCCCUCAUGUAUGGCAACCGCCAGCACUGAACCUCCCUCACUGACAGGUCAAAUCUGGUGUCAGAGACUUGCAGUCUCUUUUCUUCCACUUAAGUUUGUUUUUUGGUUAUUUCUCUGCAGAGAUUUAGGAAGUCAGAAAACAUUUGGGAGACAAACCUUGGCUUGAUCUGGACUAACUUAGCUGAAGGAUUUUACCUAUGGUGUAUGUUUUGGGUUGGCAGUGGAGUUCCCAGAAGUAACCCACCCAAAUAUGGGGAGAAACGUGCAAACCCUGCACAGAAAGCACCUUCUUGCUGUGACAUCGUGCCGCUGCAUUCAGUUACACAUUAGCCCUAAACCAAAACCUAACUAGACUAAAAGAGAAAUUUAAUUAGCACUAACAUAUACUGUAAAUACCCCAUCAGAAGGAGGUUGGGUAUCACCAGUGGUACUAAUGCCACUGUUUGAGAACUAUUUAGCAUUUCCUAUUGGCAAGGCUUUAGUAAAACAUUAACGGCAGCAGUAUCAUCAUCACCAUUGACUUUACCUGAAAAUCUUCAGAGAAAUAAAUAAGGAUGGAGAGAAAGUGCUGUAAAAUACUGAGCCUCUUUUCCCCUAAUUGUCCUUAAUGUACAGCAGCCCUGUUUAUAUACUGUAAUACCUCCCAAUGUUACAAAGAUGGAAAAGCUUUGUACCUCCAACAGUGACAAUGUGUUACUUAUCGUAUAUCUGUUCUUCUAAAGGCAAAAAAUACUGCACUGAUUUGCAUGGCAUUUGAAAGGGCAUUGGUUAGGAACAAGCUCAUACAAAAAUUCAUUUGUAUAUGCCGGUGGUGACUGAAUGGAGAGCUGUUCCUAGAAAGACAUAUUAUAGAAUUUCUAUGUACCUUGGUUCUUUACAUUUCAUACCUGUCAUUCACUCAUUAUACUGUAGGUUUUGUAAGAAGAGACAUUUUACAUUGUAGGAUAACCGAUAAUCAUUUAAGUAUGGCAUAGUUCUGCAAGGCCAAAGUAGACACACCAAAAGUUUACAAGGUUAAAAAGGCAAGGAAACACCGGACUUGCUUUAUGUAAAUUAAAUGUUCUGUACGGAUAUACACUUUUUAUGUAAAUUUAAAUUUCAGUUCAACUUUUGCACUGCCAAAAAUUCACGUGAAGCUAUAUGUCCAUUUGGGCCGUGUAUUACAAAGAGAUAACUGCUUAAUGUGGUAACCUUGGAGUUAAUAUUAAUAAUACUAUAAUCCAUUGGUCUUAUAUAGUCCUUUUUCAUACGAUCAAGGUCACAUUUUGGUGCAUAACUUAUACAAUUCAUACUUGGUGGUGUGGCAAACUAGCACCUGGUAUUCUCAGUGAUCUCCCAAUCAAGUUAGUAACUACAUUGAAAAAUUGUAAUUGCUUCUAAAAUGACAAAGAAUGAUCACUUUUGCGAGAUUCACAUAAAAAAAAACAGACAACAGAAUAUUUAAAUUACCUAAACAUUUUAAUAUAAUUCUGUCUCAACUUAAGCUGGUGCAUAUAUGUUUAUUUUAAUGCAUCUUUGAGGCCUAUUGCUGAAAUAGUUUUUAACAUUCCUAUCCAACAUCUUCAACCUGUCAGGGUAAUUGGUCCUUUGGCACCAAUUUAUUCUGUUUGACCUGAAUGAAUUGCUAACAUGCUUGAAGACACCACUCAGAUUGCCAAUGUUAGCAAGUCUAGAGGCAUAUCUUUUGCAGUUUAAUUAGCUUUGCAGCACAUGGCCCAGAGAUAAAACAACCAAAACAGUACCAUGGAUGUUAUUUCACUAGAUUACAUCGAUAUGAUAUGUAUAAGUGUAAGACCAAAUGGAUUUAUUACCGGCUUAAGUCCUAAAAUUUCAUAGUUGCGUUGUUAAUCACGAACAUAUGGGGUCAGAUAUGAUUGAUUUAUACUAUUGUUGUACUGAACAUAAAUUCCAUUGUCCUUUCCCUGGCCCACAACAGGAAAUCACGAAAAGGCAUGGAUAGUAGCAGGGCCGAUCUGACAGUUGUACCUUUAUUGUUUUAAGCUGUUCUUUGCUUGGAGACGUUUUGCAUGUAUCCUAAACCUAAAGUACUUGUGCUGAAGAGGAACAUGUUGGUUUGACGUGUAGUACUUUUGAAGUGGGUGCAUGCAUCUGUUGUAAGCCCAGUAAAAUGAGGCUUACACUAUUGUCUGUUUUUUAUACAGACAUAAUAGUAAUCGCUGUAGUAAUGUUAUUUCUUUGUGAAUGUGUAGGGGCAGUGCAUAUAUUUAUUUAUUAGUCUGGCCAGCCAUCCUGACCCCAAAUCACUCCAAAUACAAACACACUUGUUAAUCAAGUUCAUGUAAAUUAUGUUAAAUUAUUUAGAUGCAUACACACACUAUGGUUUCUCAGUGUAAGCCCCAGUGGCAUUAAAUUGUAAAUAAGAUGAAGUAUAUGUAUCUGUUUGACAAAUCAUUUUUGUUGGAGGAUGUGCCACCUGCUUGUGUCCAUGGAGAUCUGAUUGCUCUGCCUAGAAUAUUCAACAGUAUUUCUACGAAUAAUACCACAAAUUCCAGCCAAAGCAAUAAAAUCUCCAUGGAGACAAGCAGGUGCCCCGCUAACAGAAAAGUUACACAGUAUAACAUAAUCUAAAAAGAAAAGAUCAAUAUGUUUUGGCCUGAAUCUGUAAUCUUACUCUCCUUAUGGUCACAAGAUCCAGAACCUAUGUACAUCUGAUUCCGAUAUGUGAUUGGCUUGUCAACAGUUAAGUAAGUAAAUUGAUUUGGAUGGCCAGGCUAGUGUUUUAUUUAUUAUUACUAUAUUGUAUAGUAGAAGAUUCAGUAAUGUAGCGUUUGAAAGAAAUGGGUGAAACUCUGGACUAAACUCUCCACUAGAUUUUAAGCUGUGCAGAAAUGUGCACAAUGCAUAGCGAAGUCUGUAAGUGGACUUUUGAAGUAGCACUUGUUUAUAAGGUCUAUAGAAAUGCCUAAAGGGAAAGACAAUGGAUACAGUUUGUGCCGGAUGGAAAAGCCACUGAAAUGUCAAUCACAAAUGUGCCAUUGGGUCACAUGGGCAUCGAUCAUUUGUGUUAACUUUGAGUUCAGUGACUUGACAUUCCUCAAAGCAGCAGUACAUCCUUACAUUCAUAUGGUGCAUUUUCCUCAUGUACAUUCCAUUAUUGAAUUCCAUUUUCAUGCUUUUUAAUGUGUAUUGUUUAUGAAAGUCACUGUCAAAAACGCUAUUUUUAUUGAUCAUCAGAUUGUAUUUGUCAGACAUACUUUUUUUGUUAAAUGUUGCUCUUUUUCCUCUUCGUCUUAAGGCGCAGUAAACCAAGGCUGUAAAAAGGCUGGUAUAAAAAGUGAAUGUUUUGAACUGCAGCCAUUAAGAAAAAGGAGAUCUUUCUUUGAGGGCCAUUUUCACAACAGUGUCUUUGACCAAUUUGUAGUGCUGGACUGGACCUCUGUCUUGUCUGGUUUUAGGGAUUCAGCUCUCAGUCAGGGAGCAUAAAAGUGGUUGCAUCUGACAUGGUACAAAGUGUGUUCACAAAUACGGUGAGUGGAUUUUUCUCACCUAUAAACAUAUCUUGGUAGAGUUCUGCAAAGUUGACAGUAGAGAGAUUGGAGAAAACUUUAAUAGGGCUACACAAUAUAUUGCAAUUGUAUCAAAAUCACAAUUUGAAUUAACACUAUAAUAAAGAACCACAAAUGAAUGCUAACCGCUACAAAUAAAAAAAUCUCUAAUCUUAUCUCAAUUACAAUAGUUUUCAGAAAAAUUGCAGUUAGAUUAUUUCCCAAAUAUUAUGCAGCCCGAACCUUUAGUCUUAAUUCUUGUGUAUAAAUAUAAAUUAACACCAAGCAACGUGGCAGAGACUUCCUCCUCACACCUUGAAGCCAUGCGUGAAGCCUUUGUGUGCUUCUUGUGAUUGUGUGGGCCAUUUGUGGACUCUGUAUUUCAGACAUGAAUGUGCAGCUGAAAUAGUUAAUGAAGCAUUGAGUCUGCCAUGGUGCUAGCUAUGCAAUUAACUGACUAUUGUCCAAUGUGUGUCCCACUCUGUACCAUUAGAAGCUCAGACUGCCUCAAGCACACGUAGUAAAAAGUAAGUAAUUAAAUGAAAGAAUGCACUAAUUAAUUAAGCACUCUUGUGAAACUGGCCGCAUCUUUUGAAUGUUACUUAUAAUUCUCUCAUAAGCCUUUCUUCUCCUGUUCAUGAAUGUUGAAAUAUUACAAUAUAUUUUUUUCUCAUCCUCUUGUGCCACAUGACUGCUGCUCAUAGACUCAGGUUCAGCUCUCAUUUCAUAUCUCUUGGAAGGACAAGAAGAAGGUACCAGGUCUAUACUGUGUAAAUACAAGUAACUGUUUACCUAGUCCUCCCGACUUACCCAUUUUUAAACUGACUGUAAUGUAUUGUUUUCUAUUUGUAACAUACAGGACUGCUGAGAAGCUUGUCUUGCCCUCUUCUUUGUUUGUGAAUGUGAACUGUAAUUUUUGUAAGGCGAGAGGUCCGAACUGAUAUUUUUAGUGUCUUUUUCAGUGUGCAAAGACAUGUUUACCCCUUAGCUUUUUUCAAACAUGAAGAAAUAAAUAUUGGCUGAGAUGUUGAA